AAUCUAACUAGCUAGCUAGCAGUUCAAAUCAAGCAGCAAGUUAUACAUGGAAUUCCAAAAUGGAGACCAUGCUUCUGCCAAACUGCUUCGUUCUCAAGGCCACAUAUGGAAUCACAUUUUCAGCUUCAUAAACUCCAUGUCCCUGAAAUGUGUAGUUGAAUUAGGCAUACCAGAUAUCAUUCACAACUAUGGCAAACCCAUGACACUCUCAAAGCUCAUUGCUUCACUACCAAUCAACCCAUCCAAAACCUCAUGCAUCCAUCGCUUGAUGCGAAUCAUGGUCCAUUCUGGCUUCUUCUCGCGACACAAUGCCACUGAAAAUGAGCUCGAAGUGGAAUAUACACUAACUGAUGAUUCUAUUCUGCUCCUUAAGGAUCAUCCCUUCAGUGUCAUCCCUUUCUUGCAUGCCAUGUAUGAUCCAAUUUUGACAAAGCCGUGGCAUCAUUUGUCAACUUGGUUCAAAAAUGACGAUUCCACCCCGUUUGCAACCGCAAACGGGAUGAUGAUUUGGGAUUAUGCUGACCGUAAUCCCAAAAUGAACAAGUCAUUCAAUGAAGGCAUGGCAAGUGAUUCUCAAUUGAUCACUAGUGUGUUCAUUGAGAAGUGCAAGGAUAUGUUUAAUGGAUCAGAGUCCUUGGUUGAUGUUGCGGGAGGCACUGGGACUCUGGCAAAGGCCAUUGUUGAAUCUUUCCCACAUUUGCAGUGCACUGUGUUUGAUCUCCCACAUGUUGUUGCUGGUUUGCAAGGAAGUUGCAACCUUAAAUAUGUUGGAGGGGACAUGUUUAAGGAAAUUCCUCCGGCCGAUGUCAUUUUGAUGAAGUGGAUAAUGCAUGAUUGGAGUGAUGAGGAAUGUGUGAAAAUACUGAAGAAAUGCAAGGAAGCAAUAAAGAGCAAAGGCAAAGAAGGGAAGGUGAUUAUCAUAGACAUGGUGAUAGAGGAAGAGAAUGGAAAUGAUGAAACAGUUGAAACAGAGCUCUUCCUUGAUAUGGUGGUGAUGGCGUUAUACAAUGCAAAAGAAAGAAAUAAGAAAGAGUGGGUUAAGUUGAUUUCCUCUGCUGGUUUUAGUGACUACAAGAUAAGUCCUGUUUUGGGCUUAAGGUCGGUCAUUGAGAUCUACCCAUAGUGAAAUCUAGCCCAAUAAUGCUUGCAUGAUAUGCUGAAAAGUGAAAGAGAAGGGUCAGCAUUCUAAACUCAUAUAUAUGAUGUCGUUGUUUUAAUUCCUUUGUCAAUUGUCAUCUAGGAACGUUUAAUAUAUAUUGAUAAUAAUGUCCAGUCUAGACUUUUUAUCUUGUGUGUGAUGUUGGAAGAAUAAGGUACCAUUCGAAGAGUCACGAAUCCUAAAUAUGGAUCUUUGUAACAGCAAUAAGAAUUAUUCAUGUUUCCAAAUGGAAUACCUUGUUGGAAACUUUAUUGUUAGUAACUUAAUCAUAAUGAUCUAAACUA